AUGGAGUGCGAGGGGUUCCCGCCCUGCUUGGAUGGCAUCGACUAUGACGAUUUCCAGUUUGCCCCUCAUAUGGACCAGAAAGAGCUGCUCAUGGAGACAGUCGAAGGUCCGUUCCUCACUAUAAUAGAGCAGCCGAAGCAGCGAGGUUUCCGGUUCCGCUACGGCUGUGAAGGUCCCUCCCACGGUGGGUUGCCGGGAGCGUCCAGUGAGAAAGGACACAAGACUUACCCCACUGUCAAAAUCUCCAAUUACGUGGGGCAGGCGAGGAUCGAGGUGGACCUGGUAACCCACACGGACCCCCCUCAGGUGCACGCCCACAGCUUGGUGGGGAAGCAGUGCAACGAAGCUGGGAACUGCGUGGUGAUGGUGGGCCCCAAGGACAUGACUGCUCAAUUUAAUAACCUGGGUGUGCUUCACGUGACAAAGAAAAACAUGAUGGAGAUCAUCAAGGAAAAACUGAAGAAGCAGAAGAUACGGAGCAGGGUGCCGCCUCUGACAGAACCGGAGCUGGAGGCGAUUGAGCAGGAGGCCAAGGAGCUGAAGAAGACGAUGGACCUCAGCAUCGUGCGCCUGCGCUUCAGCGCCUACCUUCGCGACAGCAGCGGGGACUUCACGCUCGCCUUGAUCCCCGUGAUUUCGGACCCCAUUCACGACAGCAAGUCUCCCGGGGCUUCCAACCUGAAGAUCUCCCGGAUGGAUAAAACGGCUGGCUCCGUGCGAGGCGGGGAUGAAGUUUACCUGCUGUGCGAUAAGGUCCAGAAAGAUGAUAUUGAGGUGCGGUUUUAUGAAGACGAUGAGAAUGGCUGGCAGGCCUUUGGGGACUUCUCCCCCACAGACGUGCACAAACAGUAUGCCAUCGUGUUCCGCACCCCGCCUUACCACAAGAGCAAGAUUGACCGCCCGGUGACGGUGUUCCUCCAGCUGAAGCGCAAGCGGGGGGGCGACGUGAGCGACUCCAAGCAGUUCACCUACUACCCAGUGGUGGAAGAUAAGGAAGAGGUGGAAAGGAAGCGGAAGAAGACGCUGCCCCAGUUCCCUCAGCACUUUGGGGGUGGGGCACCCAUGGGAGGAGCUGGUGGCGGCGCUGGCGGAUGCGGCUCUGGAGGAGCUGGGAGUCCCUGGCACUCGUCUGGAUACAACCCUUACAACAGCAGCAUCUACCUUUCGGGCACCCACCCCAUGGGCAGCUACCAAGGUGGGAGGGGCAUCCAGAUGACCAGAGCUGCCCGGAUGGAAGAGGCUGAACCCCGUUCCUCAGGAGGAGGCAACCCGCUCUCCCCGGAGGAAAAGAGCUACUUGGAACUGCUGCAGCACGCUCAGAACUGCAGCACGUGGAUGUUGGUGCUGGCUCGGCGCAGCGCCCAGGCGCUUCUGGACUACGCCGUCACUGCUGACCCACGGAUGCUGCUGGCCGUGCAGAGGCACCUGGUGGCUUCUCAGGAUGAGAACGGAGACACGCCUUUGCACUUGUCUAUCAUCCACGAGCAGACGGCUGUGAUUGGGCAGCUGGUCCAGGUGGCGGUCAGCAUUCCCCACCAGCAGAUCAUCAACAUGGCCAACCAUUUGCAGCAGACCCCGCUGCACCUGGCGGUGAUCACCCAGCAGCCCCGGGUGGCGGCUUACUUGCUGCAGGCGGGGGCUGACCCCACCCUCCUGGACCGCUAUGGGAACUCCGUGGUGCACCUGGCUCUGCAGUCAGUGGGGAGGCAGGAGAUGCUGGGGACGCUGUUCUGCCACCUGGGCCCCCACACCCGCCCCCUCCUGGAGACGCCCAACUAUUCUGGACUUUUCCCCGUGCACCUGGCCAUGAAGUGCCGGAGCUUGGCCUGCCUGGAGCUGCUGGCGGAGAAGGGAGCCGACGUGAACGUUGGGGAGCGGCAGAGUGGCCGGACGCCUCUGCACCUGGCAGUGGAGAUGGAGGACUUUAACCUGGCAUCACACUUGCUGAAGAAGCUGGGGGCCGACGCGAACGCCCGCACCUCUGCCGGGAACACGCCUCUCCACUUGGCAGCGGGGAAGGGUUCCCCUAUCCUGACUAAGUUGCUCAUCAAAGCAGGCGCGGACGUCUUGUGUGAGAACGACGAGCCCCUCUCGGCCACCUCCUCUGAUGCAAGUAGUGAUGCUGAAGUGGAGGAGGAGGAGGAGGAAGAGGCGGAGUGGAUCAUGGAGCUGGGGGAGUUGGCAGAAGCGGAUCAGCCCCUCAUCGGCCACGAGAGCAAAGCACCUGUUGUCCAGCAGGGCCGGGGACACACCCCCUUGGACUUCACUCGCAGCCAGAAGGUGAAGGAUAUUUUGCUGGAUGCCUCAUUACGGGGCUCCGGAAAGGAGCAACCAGCUGCUUCUCCUUGCCCAGGUGAGUUUCACCUCCCCCACCUUUCUGCCUCAGGGAGCGUCCUGUGCCUGGACAGCGGCACCCUCCAGAGUUUAGAGGAGUUCCUCAACCGGGACUGCCAGGGGGCAGAUUGGCGGGAGCUGGCCAAGAGGCUGGGCCUCGGCAGUCUGGUGGAGACCUAUAAGGGCACCGCUUCCCCCAGCAGGAGGCUGCUGCAGAGCUACGAGCUGGCGGGGGGCAGCCUGGGGGGCCUCCUCGAUGCCCUGGACACCAUGGGCCUGGCCAAAGGAAUGACGCGGCUGGGAAGGCCAGAUGCAUCUGUCAAGUUGCAGAGUGCAGAGCCAAAGGAAGACAGCGCUUAUGGGAGCCAGUCUGUGGGAGAGGAGGAGGAGGAUCCCGCCGUCCUGCCUGCCAAGCUGCGGCCGGCCUCUCCCGGGGAUCCGCCAGCUCCGUUGCCGCACAGCCAGCGGGAGCAAGUGCACUGA